UUGGUUGUUGCAAUCUCAGAUACCAUAUCUUGCAAAGAGAAUGGAGAACGGAAGCGAGAAAUGGAAUUUUCAAGGGAACGAAGAGCUGAAUGCUUCAGCUAUCUCCGUGAGAGGGGUCUAUAACAUGCUGAUGGAAAGCAUCAACAACAAUGAAGACAAGAAACCCGUGAUUCCUCUCUGUCGUGUAGAUCCCACCGAUAACUCAUUGUUUCGGACUACCCUUGAUGCUACUGAUGCUGUUGCAAAUGCCCUUCAAUCCUUUAACUUCAACAGUUACCCUCCCUCCUCUGGGGGCUUAUAUGAUGCAAGGAGGGCAAUUGCAGAUUAUCUCUCUUCUGAUCUUCCAAACAAGUUAUCUCCAGAAAAUGUUUUUGUCACCGCUGGUGGCACACAAGCUAUAGAUAUAAUCUUACCUGUUAUUGCACGUCCCGGUGCCAAUAUUCUGCUUCCAAGACCAGGGUACCCACAAUAUGAAUCACGUGCCAAUUGUUGUCUCCUUGAAGUUCGGUACUUUGAUCUUUUGCCUGAGAGAGAAUGGGAGGUUGACCUUGAUUCUCUUGAAGCUCUAGCAGAUGAGAACAGUGUGGCCAUGGUCCUCAUUAGUCCUAGCAAUCCAUGUGGGAAUGUUUUCACUUACCAACAUCUAAAAAGGGUUGCUGAGACAGCAAGGAAACUUGGAAUCUUUGUAAUUUCUGAUGAAGUUUACGCCCACGUAGCCUUUGGAAGCAAUCCAUUUGUGUCCAUGGGAGUGUUUUCAUCAAUAGUACCUGUUAUGACAAUUGGGUCUUUAUCCAAAAGAUGGUUAGUUCCUGGUUGGAGAAUUGGUUGGUUUGCCACAUGUGAUCCCCAUGGAAUUUUUCAAAAAACUGGGAUCGUGACGAAUAUCAUCAACUAUCUCGGGGUCAAUAGUGACGCUCCAACCUUCUUGCAGGCAGCGAUACCUCAAAUCCUUGAGAGAACAAAAGACGAUUUCUUUUCAAAAAAUCUUAAUAUAAUGAGGGAGGCUGCAAACAUAUUCUAUGAUGGAUGUAAGGAGAUCCCUUGCUUGAGAUGCCCUCACAAACCAGAAGGAGCUAUGGUUGCUAUGGUGGAGAUAAACUUUUCCCAACUUGAGGGCAUUAUUGAUGAUGUGGACUUCUGUACAAAGCUGGCCAAAGAGGAAUCUGUACUUCUUCUUCCCGGUGUUACUCUUGGACUAAAGAAUUGGCUUCGGAUUAGUCUUGCUGUUGACAGUUCUGACCUUGAAGAUGGCCUUAGCAGGAUAAAAGCAUUCAGCCAUAGGCAUGCAAAAAUGCCAUGAAAUCAUGUCACACUGGAGGAUUUGGUGGUGGGGGAGGUGCAAUUAACACUUAGUUGUGUUAUAUUCUAUCGAGACCUUUUAUUUGGCAAAAAUAUGCAUGAAGAUAAUUGGAUUUUAUCUUAUGAUUUGAUACUCUGGAUUUGAAAAUAAAUCAUGUGCAUUCUACUGUAGCGUUGGUGGUUCUUAUUAUUAUUACUAUUAGCAAUAAAG